UUAAAUAGUUAAAUGGUAUCUCGUUCACAUUCUCUCGUGGCUCGAAGUAUAGGUAUGUUCGCAUCGGCCAUUGAACAAAGCAUAGCGACAUAGCGUUUAUAACUUCAUGCUAAUCAGUUUAUCAGUAUUCAGUUAGUAAUCACCGCGACACUGCACCGCGCCACCGCACCCGUAGGCCGACCAUUAUCUCCCACGUUUCUCAACUCGCCGACGACGCACUUGCAUGUUUUACUGUUCAGGUGUUCUAAUAUUAGUUUGAGUUUUUUGAAAAUAAUACGUGUGACAGACAACAGUUGAACAGUAUGAGUGACGGAAUUUCUGCUUCUAAAAGGAAAGGUGGUGCAGAAAGAAGUAGAGACAAGAAAAAGCAGCAACUCCAUGAAUCAGCAAAAAAAUGCAAAUCGAUUAUCGAUGUUUUUGCCACUGCUAACAAUAAGACCAUUCUAGAAAAUGUGGAAGGUGUUGAUGAUAGUAAUGAUACAAUUGAUACAACUAUACUUGCUAAAAAACCAACUUAUAACGCUUUAAAAAACUAUGAAGAUAGUUCUGCUUAUGAUUCUCCUGCAAGUUCUUCUUUAGCAUCUUCCUAUCAACUAGUUGCUUGUGAAAGAUCGUUUUCUAUAUUAAAGUAUUUAAAGAAUAGACUUCGUAGUACUUUAAAUGAAAGCAAACUUGAAGCUUUUAUGAUUAUGUCCAUAGAAAAAGAUACACUUUUCAACAUAAACAACGAUGAAGUUAUCGAUCGCUUGAAAACUAAAAGCAAUUUUUUAUUAAGAGAGCUGUCUUAUUAA